AGUUUCCGUUUCAGCAGCCGUGAGGUCGGACGAUGACCAGCACUGUUCUCAGCUUUCUAUCCGUCCCUGCUGGUUGUCCGUCGUUACGCGCCUGUUCCUUUAAGAAAUCUGUGAAUGGUGACUGAACUUGAGCUUUCCGCGCUGACGUAAAGGGUUACAGAGGUUGAUGUUCCCUCAGAAAGCGGCAGGGAUCUGUAAUGAGGACCGCAUAGGGGGUGGAACUGAUUUUCUUAUUAUUAUUUAUGCUCAUUUUCAAUGUUUCAAAUUAAGUUUUAAGUUGUCUUAUCUUUACUUUUUGCGGACAUAACGGUUCCGCUUAAACCACCGCCCUUUUCUGAGAACCUCUUUUUCUUUAUUUUCAGAUUUGCCUCUUCUUCUUUUUUUGUUUUUUGUUUCUUGCUUUUGCAGUCUAAACAGUCUGGAAAUACCGAAGUCCUCUUGUUGGAUCACAAUGCCGCUGGAUUGCUCCUGUUGGAGACGGCAGUGAGCUUCAGUCGGUUCGGUUUUAAGUGAAAAUGCUUCACAUUGAGGAGGAGGAGGAUCUGGACGGAACUCCAAGCCCCGGGCAACACGGGACAGCGCUCCGCAGCAGCGGCUCCUCCAGCCUGGGCAGCAGCAGCAGCACAGCGGGGCUCCUGCCACCUGCUUACCCUAAAGUGGAGUUUAGGAGAAACGCGGUGACGGAUGACUAUAAGAUCACGUCUCAGGUUCUUGGUCUGGGAAUCAAUGGCAAAGUGCUGGAGUGUUACUGUAAGAAAACGGGGGAGAAAUGCGCCCUGAAGAUUCUCUAUGACACUCCUAAAGCCAGACGCGAGGUGGAGCUUCACUGGCGAGUGUCAGGAGGCCCCCACAUCGUGCGAAUCCUCAGCCUGUACGAGAACAUGCACCAGGGGAAGAAAUGUCUGCUCAUUGUGAUGGAGUGCAUGGAGGGAGGGGAGCUGUUCAGCCGCAUCCAGGUCAGAGGAGACCAGGCCUUCACUGAGAGAGAGGUGUCGGAGAUCAUGCACGACAUUGGCACGGCCAUAGCGUACCUCCACCAUGUGGACAUCGCUCACAGAGACGUGAAGCCUGAGAACCUGCUCUACACGACGAAGGACAGCAAUGCUACGUUAAAACUUACCGACUUUGGCUUUGCAAAGGAGACUAAAAUGCACAAUUCCCUCCAAACCCCGUGUUACACCCCGUAUUAUGUUGCACCUGAAGUGCUCGGGCCGGAGAAAUAUGACAAGUCAUGUGACAUGUGGUCUCUGGGGGUCAUCAUGUACAUCCUACUCUGUGGGUUUCCCCCGUUCUACUCCAACACAGGCCAGGCCAUCUCUCCAGGUAUGAAACAGAGGAUCAGACUGGGCCAGUAUGAGUUUCCCAACCCUGAGUGGGUUGACGUUUCUGAGGAAGCCAAACAACUGAUUGUUCAGCUGCUGAAGACAGACCCCAGUGAGAGGAUGACCAUCGGUCAGUUCAUGAACCAUCCCUGGAUCAGUCAGUCGAUGGCGGUCCCACAAACACCUCUGCACACGUCUCGGGUUUUGACUGAAGACAUGGAGCUGUGGGACGAUGUGAAGGAGGGAAUGACCAGCGCUCUGGCCACCAUGCGUGUGGACUACGACCAGGUGAAGAUUAAGGACUUGGACACGUCCAACAACCCUCUGCUAAACAAGAGACGCAACAGGCCAGCAGGUGGCGCUACAGGCCAUGCAGAGGGCGCAGACAGGGGCAGCAGGGACGGAGGCGUGGGGUGCAUCAGUCAGAACGAGGUGGCCUUUAAUGAAGAGCAUGGUAAAACAAUUUCUGGACAAAAUUAGUGUAAAACCAAGCUGUACGCAAUACUCCCUCCACAUAUCAUUUACUUUGUGUCUUUAUUGUUUGUGUUUCAUUACUCAUUAGUAGAAAAAAAAUCACAUUUGUAUUUGAACAAUUUUAGCUCUGAAGCACAAAAAUAAAUUUUGUUUAACACA